AUGAUCGCAGGUGCGCCUCCCGCCCCGCCGUACGAGGCCGCCGUGCGGGCGGCCACGCCGGUGCUUGUGCCGCCAGUGCCGGCCGCCGUGGGGAGGGCGCCCUUGUGCGCGAAGAGGGGCUGCGUGAUGCAGCCCUCCGACGUCACGAGCGCCUCGCGGAGCCAUUACUUCUGCGACCGCUGCUCCGGCCGCUCCGCCGCCCAGCACCUGGGGGGCAGCACGCGGCGGUGGACCUGCGUGAGGUGUGACUACGACAUCUGCUUCAAGUGCCACCCAGAGCCUGGGGCCACCGGAGCCUGA